AUGCCACAACGAAUACUCCUCCUCGCAUACCUCUGCGCCAUAUCACACGCCUUCGUACAGAACCCUGGCGCCGAACCCUUAGACCAAUACCCGUGGGCAGAGCAUACGCCAACAAACGCUGAAAUAACACCCCUUCAAACAUCCACACCAGCGGAAGCGCCUUCAAUAUCAACCAUACCCUCUAUGACCACAAUACCAAUCUCGAUACCCACUCCAGACCUCUCAGACCUCGCCUCAGACACCGAACUAUCCCUCCCUCUCCGCGAUCAACUCCGCCGCCUCUUCCGCCGACAAGGCGGCGCACCCGUACAAAACCCAGCCGUCGCCCAGCCACCAGCCGCCGCAGUAACGCAGGUAUCCCCUGUCACAGUGCUCUCACUGAUGGACAAGAAGGGCCAGCUGUUAGCUGUGCCGUAUACACAGACGUUCGCACCGGUGCCAGAUCAGUGGCCGAGUCCGAGUGCUGGUACGGUGGGGAUGGGGACGAUACAAGGGGAGAUUGGGCAAGUGAGAACAAAGAGCAAGAGGGACGAGAUGGAUGUGCAGACUGUGAUGGUGCCAGUUGGAAGCUGGACGGCUCCCCCAGAGCCAACCAACACGAUGGGAUUGGUGCUGAAGGAUGGUGUUGUCGAAGUGCUGCCUUCGCGGGCAGUACCGUCGAGACGGAAGCUCGUGCAGCGGGGGACUUGA